AUGUCUUGGAAUCCGACACAUGUUCAAUUUACAGUUUUGCGCGGACGGAAUUUGUUAACAAAAGGCAAGGGAGGGAUGAAGUUGACAGAUGUCUUUGUGUCAAUCUUACUGGGCAAGGAAAAGUUUCAGACAUCAACCAUCAAAAAUGCUCUGAACCCUGAAUGGUUUGAACAGUGUGACUUAUCCAUACUAGGUGGCAUGGAUCAGGAUAUUACAGUGACAGUGAUGCAUCGUGGGUUAUUGUCUGAUGAUUUCAUUGGUUACGCCACCAUUCCGCUGUCAGAUUACAAGGUUUUUGACAGACCAAAGAGUCAAUGGGUAAAACUUCGUGGAAAACCUCAUAAAGCGGCAGACAAUAAGAACCGAGGAGAACUAGAGGUCAAGCUGACAUUUCAAGUUAAAAAUAAGGCACCGGAAGAGGCUAAUCCAGCACUGAAGAAAUUGUCUUCUAAUUCCUUGAAGUCAAUAGCAUCAGCUGUUGGUUUAAAAGUUGGUGACAAGUUCAAACGAAGUCGUUCCUUGCGGGAAUCCCAGAAUCCUUUGCAGCAGACAGCGGCUGAUAAAAGAAGAAACAGCUCUGCAUUUACUUCUGAAGGAGGACGUAUUCAUGCUAAUAACCUUCCAUCUUCCGUAACUAUUGAUGGCUCCACGAAACUCAAGGGGGCAGCACGAUCUGCCUCUGUUGACGGCGCUAACUUCCCAGCAGUAGAUAUCCCCCCACCUCAGUGGGACGAUUUAUCAGUGGCAGAGAACAUCAUGCACAGGAGUCGAAGUAUGGUCCUUGAUCGUCAGCGGGAACAGGAACAUAGUCCUGUUGAGGUGGACAUUAGCAACAAUAGAUAUAACAGACCGGGGAAUCGGCAGUCCUUGCCGCCAUCUUACUGGGGUACGCAGACUCUGCCCCACCCGAGAGGAAAACGCUACUCUAUGGACAAUGAAAAUGGUGUUGCUGUGGUAACAAAAUCAGCAGAUGACCUUGACACCCCAGUUUCUUCACAGCCAGGAUAUCUUGAGACCAUGUUCCGAAAAGAACGUGAAGUCUACAAAAUCAUGCAGAAAGACAAUGCCGAUUCAUCUGAAGAUGAGACAGUUAAAACGAGCAGACGGCAAAGUCGUAAAAGUGCAAAAGAAUACAUUUCCGAUGAGCAUCAUUCAUCAGAUUCUGAUUCAGAGGGAAGCGUUAAAGAAAUUGCACUUCCUCUUGUUCGGAGAAAGUCAGAAUCUAAAGUACGGUCUGAAAACAGGCCAAGAUCAGACUCCAAGGGAAGUAAUUCUAGUCAUGGUAGUAAGUCAGAAGUUUUAAAGGAACCACCACCCUUGAGCAGAAAUAACAGUAGUGACGGAAAAGUAUUGACAGAAACGUCUUUUCCGGAAUCAAGUACUGAACCUGUGUAUCAUAAUGGUAAUGAGGAGGAUGCAAGUUCAGAAUCUACUAUUGAACCCCAAGAAACAGCAGAAAAUGAUUUGGUUAAUGGAGACGAAGAGUCGACAAAAUCGACCCUAAAUCGACGAAAAAUCACCCCAAUUCAACAAUUUUCUUUUGACAGCUCUCCAGAAAAGCCAGAUGGAGUAAGGAGGAGGGCUAAGAGAGAUCGACUUCGCCAGUUAUAUAAACAAGGAGGACGAAGAUACACUGUGCAGGGACUACCUCAUCGUCAUAACGAUGAAUCAUUAGCUGACCUUCGACCCCAGUUCUCACGAGAGUUCACCAUAAUACCUGAUGACCUCAUAGCUGUCUACAAAAACAUGACAAAGGAGGAACUCAUUCACCUGGUAAUCACACACAAAGCCCAGCUUAUCCGUAAAGACCAGUAUGUCAAGGAUAUGGAGGACUAUAUCGAUAACAUGCUUGUUCGCGUGAUGGAGUCCAAUCCCCGCCUCCUCCAAUGUAAAAACAAAUACAAGUAACUUUGUUCUAGUCCAACUUUCAAAAUCUGCUGUUCUUGUGAAUGGUUAUGCUGCAUGUAUGAUAUACCUGAAUUGUUUUGAUGAAAUUUAGGGAAUUUUUUUCAGCAGUACGAAUUUGCGGGGAUUCCAUUUUAAGGCAAGCAAUAUCGAAUACAGAAUUGAUACAGCAAAACCAAGUUGCACUGAUUUUCAAUUUCCCUGUCUCGCAGUUAUCUCCCCUAUUACAGUAUUUAUCUUUCAUGCAUUUGAAAUUUUUAGAAAGCAACAUAAGUAAAGCACUGGGCUGGUAAUUUAAAGAGGUCAAUUUGAUACUGUUAUUAUUUGUUUGUAUUUUUUUAUGAAGUUUUAAGAUCCCCAAGUUUUGAACACUUGAUCUGCAUUUCAUAUUGAACACUCAUCUCCUUUAAAUUUUUUGGUGCCAAUUAUCUUUACAAUGUACAGCUCAGCGCCAAAUAUUUUCCGGGAUAUAUCCGAAAACAAUGGCAGCAUUACUGAAACAAGCAUAUCUUGGCUAAUGAUAAAUAUAUAAAAAUUGUCGACUUUAAUCGCCUACGGCGGCCUGUCUGCAUGUUGACUUUAGUUGCUUACGGCGCCGAAAGGGUUAAAGAAAUAUUUACUGGUAAGAUAAAAAGUUUAUAUAAGCGAGUUCAGUCGUAAUAUUUUCUCAUCUGAUGGGCCUUUUUAUUAUCUGAUCUGUUUGAUAUUCCUAAGUGUAUUGAAUUUUUUAAACACUGAGUUCACCAUGAAUUUUUACUUUCCAUAUUUAUUACAUUUAUUUUCAAAACUGAAAUUGAUGUGAAAUAUAUAUUGUAUAUACACCACUAAGAUGGUGAUUUGAGAGUAGCACAUGAUGAUGCAGUGAGACUUACACACAAACGUAGACAUCCAAUAGGUUAAAAUAGGGGUGAGUGAAGAGAGUUAACUUUAUAAUUACAAUUCUUAGUGGAUGGGAUCAUUGCCAGACAUGGACUUAAUACUAGAUCUUUCUAAGAAUAAACAGGAUAUGUGAUCAUUAUGUAGAAACUGUUAAACUGUAUUCAGUGGUUGUGAUUUAAAUGAGAGGUUGAACAACCUGUGAUUUAAAUGAGAUGAGAGGUUGAAUAACCUGUGAUUUAAAUGAGAUGAGAGGUUGAACAACCUGUGAUUUAUUUUCACACAUAUAUUUUGUGCUACUUUUUGUUAGGAAAUCAGUUGCUUAGUUAAAAUUUUGUUCAUUUUUUUUAACUUAGAUUUUUGUUUACCUCAAAACUUGAAAGGUCAUAUUUUUGUCAUAAACAAAUGGACACCUUUAGUUAGUUAUAAAGUCAAGUGUUGAACGAC